CUUGUAUUACUAGCAGCCAGUUUUGUUCGUGAGUCUGGCUUUGCUUUUGUUGUGUUCGUUCCUGUUCCUUCUGUUCUACUUGUCCUGUGUGUGAGCCUUGGAAUGGAUCCUAUUCCUGAUACCCUUGAAGCGGUGUGACAUCAGUACGCAACACUUGUCCGGUAAUAAUCAGUUCGCUUGCGUCCGUGCAACGUUCCGGAAGGUGCUGUACAGCAGUGUAUAUAGGUACAGAAACGAAGAUACUUUACAUUUUGUUAAUAGCGUAAAUUGUUAACAAAUUUGGUAAAAGUAAAAGGUUUGAUUCGCGUCGAUAAAAAAGAGUGAUUUGUUUACUUUUAUCGAGCCAAAGUGUAAAGAAAUUGAGUGGUAAUCUUUGACGUAAUAAUUGCCAGUUAAGUUAAAGAACUGUCAGUGAGUUUUAAGGUUUUUUUUCGAGUGUUAAUAAUAAUAAACUAAAGCAACAAAAAGUGCCAUUCAGUACAGUGAAAAGUGCUUGAAUCCAAACCCACUUCAAAGCGUUACAUUUGCUUUGCUCAUUUGCCGUUUCGAGGAAUUCUGAAGAGGACAUCGAGAUGCUGUCGAGAGUAAUUAGUUUUGAUGAGGUUGUUAAAACAUCAAUCGAAACAUUCCGCAACACGUUUGGUGCCGAGCCGGAUCUUGCCGCAUGUGCCCCCGGUCGGGUCAACCUGAUCGGUGAGCACAUCGACUACAACGAUGGUUUCGUCCUACCGAUGGCACUCCAGCUGGGAACGGUGAUCGUUGGACGGCGUAACGGAACCGACACGACCUGCGACGUGGUUACCUGUUCCGACAGCAUCAAGGAAGGCACGAAGCGCGCCCAGUUCGACAGCAGUACCAUCGCGAAAGGAUCGCCCAAAUGGCUUAACUACGUCAAAGGUGUAAUGUUUCAUUUCCGUCAACCGGUGCCGGGUUUCAAUGCGGUCAUCCAUACGAACGUUCCGGUGGGUAGCGGUCUCUCUAGUUCGGCUGCUCUUGAGGUGGCCACGUUAGCGUUUCUGGAGCAGCUUACCGGGAAAAAGGUUCCAAGUCCGGCCGAAGGUGCCAAGCUGUGUCAACGUGCGGAACACACGUUUGCGAAUGUUCCCUGUGGAAUAAUGGAUCAGCUGAUUGCGAUCGGAGGCCGGGCGGAUCAUGCACUCUUGAUCGAUUGUCGCAAUCUGGACACGGAACCGAUUCCGUUCGAUGCUCCCGAGCUAGCGAUACUCAUCUGCAACUCAAACGUGAAGCACGAACUAUCCUCGAGCGAAUAUCCGAUAAGACGGAAGCAGUGCCAGGAGGCACUAGAGCUGAUGGGGCUGGCGAGCUACCGGGAUGCCACGGUCGAACAUCUAAAAGCUCUGGAGAACGCAAACGAGGUGUUAGUGCGUCGAGCCCGGCACGUCAUUACGGAAAUACAGCGCACCCAGGCGGCGGCUGAAGCAUUAAAAGCGAAGAACUUCGUUAAGGUAAGUUGAAAUGUUAAUACGACAGCUGGUUACCAUUAAAUGAGUUGCACCGUUCAACCAGUGUUGCUUGAAGCAGUGCUAUCAAUUACGGUUCAAUACGCGGAGAAAGUGUUCGAAAAAUUGCCGUACCUAUGGGGCAUUUGUACAGGAAGCCAUGCACAACCGAGUUGUAAGAUGUACAGGUGUAAAUUUAUGGAUCAAAUGUGAAACAUUAAAACAUCAAAGUGCUAUGAGCAGCGAUUGUAGUUAUCAACCGAUUCAUUUGAUGCUUUCAAACCAUGUGCAUUUAAUGUAGCCCU